CAACCCCCCUCAGUCUGUGCAACACGCUGCUCCCUUUGCUGUUUCCUAUGAGGCCAAUCCAGCUCAAGCCCACUUGAAAGCCUCCCACGCAGCGUUUGAUUUUCUCCGUGUAUCUGAUCCGGGUUAAGUAAGCCGUGGUGGUGGUAGAAUUACUUGGUGCUGUCCAGUGAUAUACUUGCCAGCACUGGUACUUAAUUUAGAAUUGCCGCAACCACUUUAGCCAUCUCGGACCCAAAAAGACCACGUAUAGCAUUCUUGUUAUUAGCUGGUGUCUAGUUCCGCUUGGUUCGGUGUUGAAGAUGGCAACUCCAGCUCACUGUUACUAUUGCUUUGAGAGCCUUGCUGCCUCGUACAAUGGGGAUGACCCCAUCACUCUCACUGCUGUUGAAGAGCUAUGGGAAAGAUAUGAGCGGUUCCGAAAAUUUGCUGCGCUUCAGGACAGCAGUGAAUCGGCUUCCUUGGGGGAGAGCGAUGUCCCUGGCCGACAUAUUGUAAACGACGGUGAGGACAUAGACCAACGGGCGUCUGCAACGUCUCGCCCUCAAACCAUGAAAAUUCCGAGUACCGACGGUCUGCAACCCCAGGCGUCAUCAAAGUCUAGUGUAUCCACCACGCCGUCUACAGCAUCUAACAACAACUCCUCCAACUCCCUCUUCUCUAGCGUUCCCACGCCAAGCUCGGUGUCCACGCGGUCUGAUGUGUCGGGCUUGAAACAGCAGAAGCUAAGCGACCAGAAAUACCCACUGUUCGUGACGUGGGAGACCUUGUCGAGGAGUGGCCAUAAAUCCUUGCGGGGAUGUAUUGGCACGUUUGAGCCGCAAGAACUCGCCUUUGGUCUCAAGUCCUACGCUCUCACGUCUGCCUUUGAUGAUACUCGGUUUUCCCCAAUUCCAGCAUCUCUCCUUCCUUCACUGUCGUGCUCUUUAACUCUACUAGGCAGUUUUAAACCUUGUACUAAUGCAUUGGAUUGGACCCUCGGCAUUCAUGGCAUACGUAUAUCCUUCAUCCACCGCGGGAGACGCUACGGUGCGACCUAUCUACCUGACGUCCCUGUCGAACAAGGCUGGACCAAAGAGGAAACCGUGAAGAGUUUGAUGCGCAAAGCCGGCUGGGACGGCGCAUCCGAAAGUACCGCAAGGAGAUUCCUUCGAGGUGGCAGUAGCCCUAGCAGCAACCCUAGCUCAACAGCACCGUGGGACCAGGUCUCAGACUUCAAAGCAGUCAAGUACCAAGGGCUCAAAUCUUCUGCUAGCUACUCGGAGUGGCAGGAAUGGCGGCAGUGGGUGAUGUCCCUUGGAGAUGGGAGUGAGAACCUGUUGUCCCCAGUUGCGGGAAUGGAAUAAUAUCUUGCGAGGUUCCAAUGCGAGAAGGGGAGGGUAUAUAAAGGCGACCUUAUCUUCUGUCUCCGAGUAGUUAUGCAUUUGAUAAGAGCCAUUCAUAAUGGCGAUAAUAGUGUGAACGGCAGCUAUGAGACGGUUGGGCGUCUGUUUUAAUUUUUGGUUAAUACUAACAGGGUUUCGGGCUUUAAACCUAACAUGCUAUAAUGGGAUUACACUUAAUGAACUGGCUU